AUGGGAGACCAAACUUGUGCCUCCGGGAGAUCCACGCUCCCACCUGCAAACAAACGGGAAGCCAAGCCUUCAAAAAAGCGCUGUCUCCUUGCUCCGAGGUGAGAUUAUCCAGAAGGCACUCCCAGUGGAGAUAGUAUCAUUCUCCCCUCCUCACCUCCUCCUACGUCAGCUGGCCUGAAGUCUCACCCUCCUCCUCCGAAGAAGUAG